AUGGUUGUUGCGAUUGUAACAGGCGCUUCGAGGGGACUUGGUAGGGCCAUUGCCCUUCAGCUAGCGGAUGAUGGGAUGGAUCUCGCAAUCAAUGAUAUCCAAGCGCAUCUUCCAGAUUUGGAGUCACUAAAGGAAGAAAUUGAGAAAAAAGGGCGACGCGCCAUUUGCGUUACGGGUGAUGUCAGCAACGAGGAACAGGUUCAGAGCAUGGUCAAGCAAACCGUUGACAGCUUUGGCGAGCUGAAUGUAAUGGUCGCUAAUGCUGGUAUAAUGGUUACCAAAGGAGUAUUGGAUCUUACUCUAGCUGAGUGGGAGGGGGUUCAAAAGGUCAAUUCUACGGGUGCCUUUCUCUGCUACCGCGAAGCAGGCCGCCAGAUGGUGGCUCAAGGGAAGGGAGGGAAGAUCAUUGGCGCAUGCUCCAUUGCUGGCUAUCGCCCGUCUGGAAAUGCCCUAGCAUAUUCGACUAGUAAAUGGGCCGUCAGAGGACUGACCCAAGCAGUUGCGCUUGAUCUAGCUCAGUACAAUAUUAAUGUUAAUGCAUACUGUCCCGGACCAGUUGGUACCGCGAUGUGGGAAGCGGUCGAUGAAUGCCUUGCAAAGAGAGAUAGCCUAGCCAAAGGAGAGGCAUUUGAGAAGUCCGUCCAGGCCCGAUCUGCCUUCAAACGUGCCUCGACACCAGAAGAUAUCGCAAACCUCGUCUCGUUUUUAGCCAGCCCGAAGUCUAGAAACAUUACCGGUCAAUCCAUGAUCUGUGAUGGCGGAAUCACAUUUUCUUAG